CGCAAACUGCGGCGCAGCAUCGCGGGGACAGCUGUUAAAUGAUCCCCGCGGCGCGGGGUGGUGACCUGUGACAAACUGGGGGUGCGGGGGGGGCCCGGCUAACGCGGGGCUGUUGUAGCGGCCGGUGCCCGCGCCCGGGGUGGGUGUAACGUGUUCUGUUGCUGUAGCAGUGUCGGGAUAGUGGAUGUACCAACAGAAGGUGUUGACACGGAAUUAACCCUUUCCCUCUCCCGCCGUUCGCUAUUCUCUUUGACACCGCGAGAGCAGCCAGCAGGCAGAGCUCUGAAAUUCAGAUGAGGAAGGCGUAAAUAUUUUAUUUGGGGGAAAUGGGUUUUUCGCGUGCCUGUGUGUGCAUGUGGAGCUCUCCGUGAAAUGUAACGCUGCGUUUUCAAAUUACUUAUCCGCGCUUAUUUCGUGGCAGGUUUUUUUUUGACACGGUAGUAGCGUGCUGAUUUAAAAUGAGCUGCGCCUAAGUUUGUGUCAGCCCUUUGAGCAAAAAGUGCCGGUUUGUACCUGUAAAACCGAGCAGAUGUGUACAGUCGCACAUCUGUCUCGCUGUUGGUGUGUAUCCACGCGGGAAAAGGAUUGUUGCUCCCAGGAUAACGACUAUAUUUGGGAUGCUAAAAGAAAGAAAGAAAAUCUUCAUUUAGGUUUUUAAUAUAGUCAUUUUUACUUAAAAAUGCCACAUAAGGCGUGGAAGAUACUGCGCAUUGUUUCACUUGACAGAUGUGAAAAAUAACGCAACUUUUAUUCUUCUGGACUCAUCUCCUCUGUGUGAUCUUCAAAGAGUGAUUGUAGUUGGAGAAAGAAUUGUGGUGAUUCAGAGUAGCCUUUUUUUUUUUUUUUAAUCUUGGGCCUAAAAUAAAUGUUUUUAAAGUUUUGAAGUGUUCAGCUCCUUUUUGAUAUUUUCUUCAGAGAAGUUCGCAGUAAAGCAGAGGCCCGUGGAGUUGAUGAGGAGCUGCUUGGCGUCGGGAGCUGCCGGGAACACGAUGCCCAACCGCGCUCCUGCCCUUGGGAAGCUGUGAGCUGCUCAUGUCCAUAAGGAGGAAGGAUGGCUCAUGGAAUUCCUUCACAAGGCAAAGUUACCAUCACGGUGGAUGAAUACAGCUCCAACCCCACGCAGGCGUUCACGCACUACAACAUCAAUCAGAGCAGGUUCCAGCCUCCGCAUGUGCACAUGGUCGACCCUAUCCCAUAUGACACUCCAAAACCAGCGGGCCACACGCGAUUUGUCUGCGUCUCAGACACACACUCCAGAACAGAUGGCAUCCAGAUGCCUUAUGGGGACAUCCUUCUCCACACGGGCGAUUUCACCGAACUGGGACUGCCCUCAGAGGUUAAGAAGUUUAAUGACUGGUUAGGAAACCUACCGUAUGAAUAUAAAAUAGUGAUUGCUGGGAAUCAUGAACUGACAUUUGAUAAGGAAUUCAUGGCAGACCUUGUUAAACAAGAUUACUACCGCUUUCCCUCUGUGUCCAAAUUGAAACCAGAGGACUUUGACAAUGUUCAGUCACUCCUGACAAAUAGUAUUUACUUACAAGAUUCAGAGGUAACAGUUAAAGGAUUCCGAAUAUACGGUGCCCCAUGGACACCGUGGUUUAAUGGAUGGGGCUUUAACCUACCCAGAGGUCAGUCUUUGCUAGACAAGUGGAACCUUAUUCCUGAGGGAAUUGAUAUACUAAUGACACAUGGACCUCCCCUUGGUUUUCGAGACUGGGUUCCAAAGGAGCUGCAGAGAGUGGGUUGUGUGGAACUGUUGAACACGGUGCAGAGGCGAGUACGGCCCAAACUCCAUGUGUUUGGUGGGAUUCAUGAAGGUUACGGCAUCAUGACAGACGGUUACACCACGUACAUCAACGCUUCGACGUGUACAGUCAGCUUUCAACCGACCAACCCUCCCAUUAUAUUUGACCUUCCAACCCCUCAAGGAUCAUGAAGCACUACUGCACAUUUGGAACUGGGGAAGGUCUAUAAACUGCCAUUUUCUAAUUAAAAAUCUUACAUUCUGUUACAUGUUUGUUUCUCAAUCGGGGGGGUGGGGUUUGGGGAGAAUUUGGGGGAACCACGGAGUUUUUGUUUUACGGUGGGUUUGGGGGGUUUUUUGUUUGUUUUGGUUUCAAUUGCUGGUACAAAACAAACAAGAAGAGAAGUUAGAGGUUGUGCUUUUUGGAAAUGCAGCAUUCAUAUGAAAUUGGUAAAGCAUCGUGAAAUUGUAAAAUGAAUUUCGUUUUUCAAUAAAUUUGCCAUUGUAAAUUGUUAUAGUGUUCUCAAAAGGACAGCCAAGCUUUCUUUUAAUAAGUGAGAGACCUUAUUUUAAUAUUAUAUUAUAAGCUAAAAGUAGGCAGCAUUUAAAAACACCCAAAUUUGCACAACUUAUGUUAUUGUCGGGGUUUUUUUAAGUGUCUUUUAUUUUUUCUCCCUAAGUCUAAAAGUUAGCUUUUCAUCUCCAUUUAUAUCCAUUGUUUUUAGUCACACAAACAAUAUUUUGGGGUCCAUUUACCUCUUGAUACAUGCGCAUGUGCUGAAACUUGUUUCUAUUCACAGUAGAAUGCAGCAAGGGGGGAAUAGACUUCUCAGUUGUUUGUCCCUCCCUCCUUUAUACGUUAAAGACUGAUAUGGCCACGGCCUGUAUGUGUUAUCUACCUUUUAUUGUUUGUUUUUAAAUUAUUUUAGCUUUAAAAGACUGGGGGUGAAAGCUGCAAAGAAGCAGGUAUUUCAUGCAGUAAAAAAAAAAAAUGUAAAUGCGGACUCCUUUUAAAUAUGAAUUUAUAUAUAUAUGUAUUUUUUGUGCAUUAUAACUAAGCUAGGAUUUAAUAUUGCCAGUAUAGCAUCUGCAAAAUUAUGCUGUACAGCACAUCUAAAUUAUGAAGGAUGUGACACAUUUUCCAAGUGCUCAAGGCCUUCAAGAGCCCGAGUUAAAUCUUUGUCGUAGUUCAGGCAUGUAUAGAGUCAAAUGGAUACAAUCAAGCCUAACUAAAAUAAGGCUUAGUUGUCCUUUGUAUUUAAAUGUUCUUGUCUUUUUUAUUUCCUUUUUCUUAUUUUGCACUGUGUGUAAAUGCAAUCUCGCUAGCACAAAAUAUCGUUGCAGAUAGUUAUUUCUGUUCUGCCACUGUAAAUGCUAUUGAGCUUUGUUCUGUUUUAUGUUACCUUAUUAAUGGAAUUUAGAAAAGCAGUUGUUUCUUUAAAUUUAUUGUGAUAUUACAUCUAGCGGCCUUUAUAUGCAAAUAAAAUUGCAAGAUUUUUAAA